CCCCAGAGUCGGUGGCCGCUGAAUCCAGGCCCCCAGCGGCGGCCUCCGCACUCCUGCUGGCCAUGCCUCGGGGUCCGGAGACCCCAGUGCAGGUGUGGGUGGGUGGCCAGCUCUUCCAGGCCGACCAGGCCCUGUUGGUGGAGCACUGCGGCUUCUUCCGCGGCCUCUUCCGUUCCGGCAUGAGGGAGGCGCGCGCGGCCGAGGUGCGCCUGGGCGCCCUGAGCCCGGGCGGCUUCCGCACUACGCUACAGGUGCUGCGCGGCGAGCGGCCGGCGCUGGAGGCCGCCGACGACCUGCUGCAGGCCGUGGAGUGCGCCGCCUUCCUGCAGGCGCCGGCGCUGGCGCGCUUCCUGGAGCACAGCCUCACGUCCGACAACUGCGCGUUGCUGUGCGACGCGGCCGCCGCCUUCGGCCUGCAAGAUGUGUUCCACAGCGCCGCGCUCUUCAUCCGGGACGGCGCGCGAGAGCUGGCGACUGAGCUGGCGCUGCCCGAGGCCCGCGCCUACGUGGCUGCCCUGCGGCCCAGCAGCUACGUGGCCUUGAGCACGCACACGCCCGCGCCUGGCUUCCUGGAGGACCAGUCGCGAACGGUGUGCUACCUGGACGAGGAGGAGGACGCGUGGCGCACGUUGGCCAUGCUGCCCUUGGAGGCCAGCACAAUGCUGGCUGGCGUGGCCACGCUGGGCAACAAGCUCUACAUCGUGGGGGGAGUGCGGGGCCCCAAUAAGGAGGUGGUGGAACUGGGCUUCUGCUACGACCCCGAGCUGGGCACCUGGUGCGAGUUCCCCAGCCCGCACCAGCCGCGCUACGACACGGCGCUGGCGGGCUUCGACGGCUGCCUCUACGCCAUCGGUGGCGAGUUCCAGAGGAUGCCCAUGAGCUCCGUGGAGCGCUACGACCCGGCCGCGGGAUGCUGGAGCUUCGUGGCAGACCUGCCGCAGCCGGCUGCCGGCGUGCCCUGCACCCAGGCAUGUGGUCGCCUCUUCGUGUGUCUGUGGCGGCCGGCCGACACCACGGCUGUGGUGGAGUACACGGUGCGGGCUGACGCGUGGCUGCCGGUGGCCGAGCUGCGGCGCCCGCAGAGCUACGGCCACUGCAUGGUGGCUCACCGCGACAGCCUCUACGUGGUGCGCAAUGGGCCAUCCGACGACUUCCUACACUGUGCUAUCGACUGCUUCAACCUGGCCACGGGCCAGUGGACGGCGCUGCCCGGCCAGUUUGUCAACAGCAAGGGAGCGCUCUUCACAGCAGUGGUGCGCGGCGACACAGUCUAUACCGUCAACCGCAUGUUUACACUGCUUUAUGCCAUCGAGGGCAGCAGCUGGCGGCUGCUCAGGGAAAAGGCGGGCUUCCCAAGGCCCGGCUCCUUGCAGACCUUUCUCCUGCGGCUGCCUCUCAGUGCUCAGGGGCCUGUCGCCUCGACAACGCCUGAACUGUGACUCCUGGGCUGGGCUUUAGGAAGGGUUGACCUCCCAAGUCCUCCCUGAGCCCUGGCUGAGUCUAUGAGUCUGGCCGUAGGAACAGUGGGGAACGCCUCUCUCCCUGGUUGAGAUGUCCAGAUCUCAUGUUGUCAGGUAGUGUUUUCAUGUCCAGGAAACUCAGGGAGUGAAGACCAUGCUAGGGCCUGAGCCCUUAAAUUACUUGGGCAUUGCUGAAAGCUGGUGGGUCACCGCUUGAGAGGCAGAGGCGGUGGGGGGUGUGGGUUUCUAUCAUCUAGGCUUGUGUGAGAAUGGGCCAGAUAAUUAAGCAUGGAUAGGAGUGGGUUAAGUGAUGUUAAUCAAACUGCCAAUCACUAGGCCAGAAUUAAGCAACUACUAUGUGCCCUGCACUGUGCUUGCCCUAAUGUAAUCUGUAGUUGCCAGCCAGCCAGAGGUUCACAACGCUUACAGUUUAGCCCAGAAAAACUCAAUUCUAAUAGAACAUUUACAGGAUGACAAAAGGUUUACACAUAUUUGUCUUGGUCCACAAAGGGUUGAAGGCAAUAUGCGAAAAAACAAAAAACAAAAACAAAAACAAAAAAACCCCACAAUAUAAUAUAAAUAUAAACCGAAGUACUGAAGAAAUUAGGGCAAAGGGGAAAUAGGGAAAGGAAAAAUAUGUAAUUCCAGGAAGGAGGGUAUGCUAAUUCGAUGAAGAAGACAGGCAGGAUAACUAGCUGCUGAAAGGGAGGUUCAUACGGUGGAGACAGUGAGAGCUUGGAGGACUCAGAAGAGGAGAGAUGAGGGAAGGCUUAAGCAGAUGGGAAGAGCCCCUGUGAACCCCACCCUCAAGGCAGAGCAGCUGUGGACGGAGGCAUUUGGGGCGGGGCCAAGGCUGGGCUGGCUUAUAGAGACAAUAACUGAAUUGAACCUGGAAUGAGAUCUGUGAGGAGAAAUGGGGUUUCCAUACCCUCUUAUAGGGUAUGAACCUGCAGGGGAGGACCCAGUUGUAAGCCCCUUGCCCACUCCCUUUUUGUCAUCAGCCCAUGGGCAGUGGCCUGUUAACUUCCUUAAUUACAGGUCACUUGACUCAACUUAUCCUUCCUCCAUAUUCUACAGGUUAAUUCUCUCCUCCUAGCCUCUGCUCCUGCUAUUCCCUGGGCUUGGAAUGCCUUUCCUCUUCUCUAUCUGUUGGCUCUGUACCCACCUCCUCUGUACAGGGUUGGCUGUCCCUGACCUUGGCUGCCUAUGUUGCUUAUUGAACCCCUGACUGGUAUCAUUCUGUGUGUGUGCAUGCAGCAAGGGUAGAGAUUCUAUUGUGCUGUCAACUGAGCUGGGGCACUUUCCCGCCUACAAAGUAAUCUGAUGAGGUCCUGAGAGAACCCAUGCUGUAGAGGCCACUAAUUAGGAACGUGGUGUUUGAGGAAGACUCUUGUCCCUCUUUUAGAGUACCCUCACCCUGGUUCCUGGUCAGAUGCCCACCCCAGUCCUCCAACCUUUCCAUGCCCCUGGGCAGUCUUCUCUGACUGGUCCUGAAUGCUCUCCAUCCUCUAGGAACUGAGGCCCAUGGGAAACCUGGGUCUCCUCACAAGUGGAGAAUGCAGCAUCAGCACAGCACCCCCCCCAGACAUGGAGUCUAGUAUCAGGGCUGCCUUAGCUGCAUUUUCCCCUAACCUAUGUCUAAGCCUUGGAGAAUGCUGCCCUCGGAAGCCUGAGAUGUUCUAGCCCUGGAGUAGCCUAAUCUGAUGAGCCACAACAAUAAAUCCUGACUUUUGCAUCCUGUUAAUGGUGUGCAAAGUACUUUCAUGUCCCUCUUCCCAC